AAUAGAUCUUGCUCAACUUCUUACAUUUAAGAAUGUAGCCUCAUGCUCUGACUUUCUCUCCUUUGUUAUGCACCGAAAAUGAUCUGUUGUAAAAAUCAAAACCCAAAUAUAGUGGAUUGUAAAGGGGACUUGUUAACCUCUAACAUUUGUCGUUCCAUUAUUGUUCAGAUCUCAGGAAACAGGCCAGACAGCUGGAGAAUGAGCUAGAUUUGAAGUUGGUGUCAUUCAGCAAACUGUGCACGAGCUACAGUCACAGCAGCACCCGAGAGGGAAGACGCGACAGGUAUAGUUCGGACACAACUCCUCUCUUAAAUGGAUCGAGCCAAGACAGAAUGUUUGAGACCAUGGCGGUGGAGAUCGAACAACUUCUGGGCAGGCUUACUGGAAUAAAUGACAAAAUGGCAGAGUACACCAACAGCGCGGGAGUGCCAUCCCUGAAUGCAGCCCUGAUGCACACAUUACAGCGUCACAGAGACAUAUUGCAGGAUUACACACACGAAUUCCAUAAAACCAAAACCAACUUUCUGGCAAUACGGGAAAGGGAAAAUCUCUUGGGAUCAGUACGGAAAGAUAUCGAGUCAUAUAAAAGUGGGUCCGGUGUGAACAACAGAAGAACGGAGCUGUUCCUGAAAGAACAUGAACACCUUCGAAACUCCGAUCGGCUGAUAGAAGAAACAAUAAGCAUUGCUAUGGCAACAAAAGAAAAUAUGACUUCGCAGCGAGGGAUGUUGAAGUCAAUACAAAGCAAAAUGAACACCUUGGCCAAUCGGUUUCCCGCAGUGAACAAUCUGAUUCAAAGGCUCAACCUACGGAAGCGACGGGACUCUCUCAUCCUGGGCGGUGUUAUUGGCAUCUGUACCAUCUUAUUGUUGCUAUAUGCUUUCCAUUGAUGGACAUUCUCCAUAGACUCUGAUAACCUCUUCUCCUCCCAACCCACCAAGGAGAAGCGGGUGGGGGGAACCCAGUAGACCUGAUAAACAGCCUGUACAUGAUGGCUGGAAUAUCAACAUGUCUAAGAUUUCUGGUGGCAGACUUUACAACACUGGUUUUGAGCUGAAGCUGCAGUAAUUCUCCUCCCCUGCCAUAUAUACUUCCUCUCCUUUGGUCACAUUUUGCUUAAAAAUUUUUUUUAAUCCCAUGUCUCACUCUGAGGUAAGUAAUAUACAGCCUUUAUCAGAGUCAGUAGAGUCUCUGCCCUGCUGGAUGAUGAUGAAAUCUGUCAUUAGCUAUUAACUGAAACAAUCGUUAAGGUUCUCUUAAGUGGAAUUAAGAAGCCAGUUCUCCCUAAAGAUCAAAUACAGGACUAGACACUUUUGCCCCAUAAUAAGGGUAUUGCAGCUUUAAGCCAUCAGGUUGGUUUGUUACGGCAUACAACCUCUUAAUUUUUUUUUAAUUCAUGAUUGAUUGCAAGUCAUUUCUACAUAACUUGUGCUGUGAAAACUCUGCUCCUUCCCACAAAUUCUGAGACAAAUAAGGAUUGUUCCAUUACUUUUUGCACAGAAGAUGUUCUGAACUGCUAUCUGAGGAGCACUUACAAGGUUUUUGUGGCUUUAAGGGGACUCCAGGAAAUAUUUGCAGUCCUGCUUUGAAAAAAGGGAGCCUAUUAUCCUUUCAGUUUUACUGUUGUAUUAAGUCAUUUAAAGUGACCAAACACUUUCACCUGAAAUUAAUUUUUUGGGUGUAAAUAUUUUGGUUUUGGCUAAUAUCAUAAAAGGCCUCGUAAAGACAUAAUAGUUUCAAAAGUCUAUUUUAAUUUAGAUGAAAGGUAUUCUAAUAGCAUUAAUAUUUUUACACUGUAAGUAGGACAAAGUUUAACCUGUACAUUGGAAAGGGAAAAUGCAUUGGUUAUGCCUGAUGGCCAAUCUAUCUGUGUGCAAAAUUGUUAAAUACGUAACUCCUUGUAGUAAAGAGUUAAAUGAAUGAGUGAUUGAACAUGCAAAUACGUUUCUUCUCUAGUAUGUACAAAACACACAUACAUAGAUUUUUUUUUAAUUGUUCAUUGUCCAAAUACACCAGAGAUUUUUAGAUUGUCAACAAAACCUGUUGGUUUUGUGUCUGCAGAUGAAACUGUUAAGGAAAUCUAAUGUCAGGAAUCUCUUUGAUACAGCAAAUAACGCAGCUUAAAGGUUCUCUCCCCUUUCCAGUUGUUUUCUUCCAUCUUCGCCUGUCUUCUAACCAUAACAAGCAAAACUCUAAGGCACUGGGCUUUUCGCUAAGAACUUGAUUAACUGAUUGCACAACAGACUUACACACUCCCAAAUUUAGUGUCUGUCCUCUCCUUAAUCACAGUUGUCAGACUGUACGGAGAUGUUCCCCUGUCUCUAAGUCCACCUCUGGACUAGAAGACAGGCCACCCACAACAGCAUUAAUGCAUUUUAAUACUGUUUUUAUAGCCUGUUGGAGGAAUUAAAGAAUUGUGCCUGUGGUAUUCUUCAUUGGGACUUGAAAAGGGCUUAUAGGCCGGAUAACAUCUUUUUGAUAAGCAGGCUGCAAAGACUCUGUCAGUUAUUCUGACAAAUGAUUAGAAGGCAUUUGAGAGUAAUGCUAAUAAAAUUGAGGUUUGUCCUUUUAAAUAAGGAAUUGUAAUUUGGUUGAUUGGGGAAUAUCCCUGAUUUUGAAAUGAAGUGCUCAUGGGGGAGGGGGGAAUUUCUUGAUAAAGACUGAAGGAUCAAGGAAAUUUAUUAAUGAAUUUCUGUAUGUUGGGAGAUCAAAACUCUUCUCCCCUGAUGCUUUUUCUUUGAUUUUUCAAAGGGUCCUGAUUGGCAGUUAUGCUCUAUGAGGGUUUAUAGGAUUUGGUGGUUCUGUGGUUGGCAAUUAUAAGACCUGCAAUAUCAUAAAUAAAUUCACUUAUUUAA